AUGAAGGUUGAUAUUCACAAUCAUAUUUUACCAAAGGAGUGGCCCAACUUGAAGCAGAGAUAUGGAUAUGAUGGGUUUGUCCAGCUUCACCAUCACUGCAAGGGUCAAGCAGAAAUGAUGAAGGAUGGGAAGCUGUUCCGGGUGAUACAAGAAAACUGCUGGGAUGCAGAUGCGCGCAUACGGGACAUGGAUCAACAUGGCGUCUCAGUUCAGGCUCUUUCAACUGUUCCUGUAAUGUUCAGUUAUUGGGCCAAACCACAUGACACACUGGAUCUCUGUGUAAUUUUAAAUGAUAAUUUGGCCCAGACUGUGCGUAGCCACCCCAAGAGGUUUGUUGGCCUCGGUACGCUGCCCAUGCAGGCCCCUGACCUGGCUGUGCUGGAGAUGAGGCGCUGUGUGAAGGAGCUAGGCUUCCCCGGGGUGCAGAUUGGGUCACAUAUCAACAACUGGGACCUCAAUGCCUCAGAACUCUAUCCCUUCUAUGCUGCUGCAGAGGAGCUGGGCUGCUCCAUAUUUGUCCACCCGUGGGACAUGCAGACAGAUGGAAGGAUGGCUAAGUAUUGGCUGCCUUGGCUGGUGGGAAUGCCUUCAGAGACAACAAUGGCUAUUUGCUCAAUGAUAUUUGGAGGCAUCUUCGAGAGAUUUCCAAAACUGAAAGUCUGCUUUGCUCAUGGAGGUGGCUCUUUCCCAUUUACCAUUGGCAGAAUUGAACAUGGCCACAAAGUCCGCCCUGACCUGUGUGCAGUAGACAACACAUUUAGUCCACGGAAAUACCUUGGAUCUUUCUACACCGACUCCCUGGUUCAUGAUCCCACCUCCCUAAAGCUGCUUACUGACAUUAUUGGAAAAGACAAAGUGAUGCUGGGAACAGAUUAUCCAUUCCCCCUUGGUGAGCUGCAGCCUGGAUCACUGAUUGAGUCAAUGGAUGAGUUUGAUGACAUAUUAAAGGAUAAAUUGCUUGCUGCAAACGCACUGGAAUUUUUGGGGCUGAAACGAGAGCAGUUUAUGUAA